UCUUGGAGAGGAGGCGGGAAAUGGCGUCCCAAGUAGCUGUGGUGUAGCUGUAGGUUUGACUCGAAAUUUACAACCGAGAAAAGCAGGCUGACGGACAAGCAGAGGAGGGUCGCCACCAUUGUGGCUUUAAGCACAACGACUUCAGCUACAAGUUAACCCAUUCCGGGCAUGUAAGCGGUUGGACUCUUUCAUGUGACGACUGGGACGAUGAGGCUGAGAGUGCGCAAGGCGUCUCAGCAGCCCGGCCCCCCCCCUCCCAAGCGCAGCGCCCAGGCCAAGAGGAAGCACUCCGAGGUGGACCACUCCGCCGCCCCUGCCACUGCCGUCGCAAGGAUGCAGAAGAAUGAGACCGGCCUGUUCUCCACCAUCAAAAGAUUCAUCAGAGGAAAUGCCGUCAAGGUGGACCAGUGCACUCCUGCCAAGAGGAGUCGUAUGGACAGCGAUGUGGACAGCAACCUGAUCACCUCCACCCCCACCACCGGCACCAAAGCUGACCCCAGGACGCGCCGGAAAAACCCAGCCAAUGGAGACACGGUGAGCCGCGACGGGAAGCCGGUGAAGCCGAACGGGAAGUUGACGGUGCAGGCGGACGUCGUGGCAACCAGCCCGCCACGCACCACACUCCUCGGAACCAUCUUCUCGCCCGUCUUCAACUUCUUCUCUCCGGCCAACAAGAACGCCUCUGCGGGGUCGGACUCCACCGGGCAGGCGCUGGAGGCGGAGGAGAUGGUGAAGCACCUGGAGAUGGAACCUCCAGAGGAGCCCCCCAGCAGCACCCCCGCCCCCGCCCCUCCCCCCGCCCCCGUGCCCCCCCCCACGGCCCCCAGCGAGAGCCGCGGCGUCACCCUGUACCCCACCGCCCAGGUGCCCGCGCCCGCCCUGCCCGCCCCCGACUCCAUCGUGGAGGAGGGAGAGAUCGUCACCGAGGCAGACAUGCCCCCUCUCACAGCAGUGGGAUCGACAGACAGCAGCUACCCCACAGCCCCUCCCUCCCCCCCUCCUGAGGGGACAUAUGAAGAAGACUGGGAGGUGUUCGACCCGUAUUUCUUCAUUAAGCAUGUGCCUCCGCUGACUGAGGAGCAGCUGACCCGUAAGCCGGCGCUGCCCCUGAAGACCCGCAGCACGCCAGAGUUCUCUCUCGUCCUGGACCUGGACGAGACUCUGGUCCACUGCAGUCUGAAUGAGCUGGAGGACGCCGCGCUCACCUUCCCCGUACUCUUCCAGGACGUCAUCUACCAGGUGUACGUGAGGUUAAGGCCUUUCUUCAGAGAAUUUCUGGAGCGCAUGUCUCAGAUUUAUGAGAUCAUCCUCUUCACUGCCUCUAAGAAGGUGUAUGCUGACAAGUUGCUGAACAUCCUGGACCCCAAGAAACAGCUGGUCAGGCACAGGUUGUUCCGCGAGCACUGUGUGUGUGUCCAGGGGAACUACAUCAAGGACCUCAACAUUCUGGGGAGGGACCUGUCCAAGACCAUCAUCAUAGACAACUCGCCACAAGCCUUCGCAUACCAGCUAUCCAACGGUAUUCCCAUUGAGAGCUGGUUCAUGGAUCGGAAUGACAACGAGCUUCUGAAGCUGGUCCCAUUUCUGGAGAAGCUUGUUGAAAUGAACGAGGACGUCCGACCUCACGUCCGGGAGCGGUUCCGUCUGCACGACCUGCUGCCUCGUGACUGAGCCGGACCGGACCGGACCUCAGCGGACCCCCCCGAGCUGGAGGCGGGGUCUCAGGAGGAGCGCGAGGCGGAAGAGUCCAACGGUCAACCCCCCGCGGGGGUCCGUGAGCGCGGCCGCCAUGCCAUACGGUCACACUUUUACUGUGAGGAAGAGACUCCAGUUUUACAGCGUUGUCUAUACAUUGUCUAUACAUGUACACACCUUUUUAUACGAGUGGGGCGAGAGGAGCGAGAGCCCAUUGGUUGACUCAGAAUUGCGCCUGGAACACUUAACUUGGGCUUCUGGGAAAGGAAGUCCUUGCCUGAUUGGACAGGAUGUUGGAAUGUUUGGGGGCGGUUUUCACUCCGUUUUGGUGCUUGGACUCGGAUGUUCUCACAGCCACAGAUGCCCCUCUGCAGGCUCGGCCAGUCAAAUAUAAAUAUAGGAAACACCCAGCUCUCCGGAUUCAGUGACAUGUAUAUAUGACAUGUAUAUAUUUUCUCCUGUCCAGUUUUGCAAACCUCCUCUGCCCAUUGCGACAUCAUGCAUUCCUCCAAGCUGAAACAAAAGAGAAGCAAUGCUGAUGAGUUGAUGCGUCACGUUGGCUCCAUAGGUUUUUACUGUUGGUUGUUUAUAGAUGUAAUUCAGAACUGUUCAUUUGCUUUCAAGUUUUAAAAAUGUUUAGUCUGUCUUUUAAAAAAAGAAGAAAAAAAAAGAAAGAAACAAUGAAAAUCGUGCUUAUCAUACAUAGGCCUACACAACCUACGAGUAAAACUGAUUGUCAGAAACGUAAGAAAAAAAAAUCAUGAUUUUUUAUUGUGCUUCAGUGACUAAGCCAUGGUGAUCGCUUAUUGUCUGCGCCCUUCAACAAGAAUACAGACGUUUUCAUUGCUUCAGAGAUGUUGAGCUUUGCUGAUCUUUAAUUACUUAUGUCAUUAUGUUAAAGCUGUUUUGCUAUCCUUUCUGAGAGGGGGGUGGUGGAGUGGAGAGGGGGGUGGUGGAGUGAUGCUUUGACCUGUACAUAGGAGAGCUGUGUUGGCGCGCCAUCUUGGCAAAGGAGGCACCAGCCGUAGCGCCGGCUCAGCGUCAGGGCACUCAAGACCCUCUGCCAGGCGUUCAGUUAGUGCCCGCUUACCCCCUCUGCCAGGCUUUAUGUAGUGCCCACUCAGACCCAUGCUCUUUGUCCACGCACACCCUUUGCCAGGCGCUCAGUGAACACACACACACACACACACACACACACACACACAGCGUUUAGAUAGCCAUCCUCUGAGGAGCGACCAGCUUACAGCCCUUAGUCAGCUCUUCGUCUCUUCCGCUCUCACACCAGUGCAGGUAUUAGUGACACACACACACACACACACUCAUAGAUGUAGUCAACCAAUCCCUGCUGUCCUCUCUUGGCUCCUAGUGUUGUCAAACUCUCUUCAGCCUUGUGAUUGGCUGUAUGGGUGCAGAGGGGUACCCCUCCCAAGCGUCGCUGUUGUUGGGGUUCCAUUUGAGCCGACAACAGAGCAGUGGAGGAUGGGAGUCCCUCGAGCAUCAUAAGAGGUGAUGGGAUAGAGGCAGCUGGGUUGUGUGUCUUAGGAGGACUCUCCCCUUCCUACCCUCACUUCCUCUAUUACACACACACACACACAAAACCUGGCAGAGAUGGGCCGUAGCUCUCAGAAUCAAAACCGCACAGAGCCACAAGCGAGGGAAUGCAGUCAGACUUUAAAAAAAGAGAAAAAAGUGCUUUGGUGUAUCUGCGUGUGAGGUAGCCCUGAACGGCCGCGCCAUUUUUAUUCAGUGUUAUGGUCAGUUUUUAUGAUCUUUAUUUUUUUAUACUCGUCCUAGGAAGGGGUGAUCGUGUGCUCUGUUUUUAUUCUUCAUACUCACAUGGCCUUGACUGUUCUUACUCUGUGUUUUUUUGUUUGUUUUCUUUUUUUUCUUUUUUAUAUUCCUCUAAAUGUCAUUCAACUUGAAUGUAGCCCGUGGGUGGCCUGUAUCCGUGGUGAUUUGAUUUUUCAUGAUUCCAACAUGAACACCCCCUUCUCUUCCA